AUGCGGCGAGACGCGGCCGUCGCGCCCGCGGCGGUCGUGACCUCGCCGCAGAUCGCGGCCGGCGGGGCGGAAACAGCGAAUGCCGAGGCGGUGGCCAUCGAAGUCGACUCGGCGCCAGCGCCAGCGUCGGCGGCCAUCGACGUCGACCUCGAAGCGGGGGGCGCGUCCCACGGCGUGGCGUGCCGGAUCUGCCACCUCAUCCCCGAGGGUGGCGACGGGCCCGCGGCGGCGCCUGGGUCGGAGGUGAUCCGGCUCGGCUGCUGCUGCAAGGAGGAGCUCGGCCACGCGCACCGACAAUGCGCCGAGGCGUGGUUCCGGAUCAAGGGCGAUAGGCGCUGUGAAAUUUGUGGUUCAGAGGCCAAAAACAUUACUGGCGUGGAAGUGAAAAAAUUCAUGGAGGAGUGGCAUGGGCGAAGAAUGGCAACCACCGGGGCUAUGGUAGAGAGGGAAAGCACUUGCUGGCGGCGGCAGCCGUUUUGCAACUUCUUGCUAGCUUGCUUACUGAUUGCUUUCAUGCUUCCCUGGUUUUUCCGUCUAAAUAUAUUGUGA